GUUACCAUAGAAACCGCAGGUCAUCAGUCAAACCUGCAACUCUGAACGGCACGAAGACAGCCUUCACCUCCAGGCAUCAAGCUAUAUGUUAACAUUUAAACGAGUUGACUCACCGAUGGAGGUGAGGAAGAAGGAAAACACUGGCAGAAAAAUGAGUUCCCUCACAAAGAAAAAUAUGGAGAAGAGUUACACUACUCGAAGGACUCUCGUAGAACAUCGGCGCAUCCACACUGGAGAAAAGCCGUACGUCUGUGACCAGUGCAAAAGGUGUUUCGCUGCUCGAUGGAGUCUCAGACAGCAUCAGCGCACCCACACUGGAAAGAAGCCAUAUGUCUGUGACCAGUGUGGGAAGAGUUACACUACUCGAUGCAAUCUCACACAUCAUCAGCGCACCCACACUGGAGAAAAGCCGUACGUCUGUGACCAGUGCAAAAGGUGUUUCGCUGCUCGAUGGAGUCUCAGACAGCAUCAGCGCAUCCACACUGGAGAAAAGCCAUACGUCUGUGACAAGCAUGAGAGGAGUUUCACUGCUCGAUGCAGUUUCAAAAAACAUGAAUGCAUCUACUCUGGAGAGAGACCACACGUCUGUGAUCAUUGUAGGAGUUUCAGAGUAUCAUUAUGUUUGAAGACUCAUCGGCCUACCCACACAUGCAUUGAGUUUGAGGCAACAGCAGCACCCUCCAACCCUGUAGAUACUUGACAUAUGGAUCUAGCUGUCUGUUAGAUCAUAUCUGAUUUGUAAAGCCUGUAUAAAUAAUAUUUACAUGCAUGCAA